AUGGGUGGCGAUGACAUCGUCAUUCGUAGCCUCAUUUGGAUAGCCAUCAUCGAUUGGUUGUACUUCUACCGACUUUCCUUCAAGUGUGCCAAGAUUUCUGCUUGGAAAUCAUCGUCUUGGGUUGGUGUUGUGCUCUUGGAAGAAGGUGGUUGUGUAGCCACCUUGUCAUGGCUGACAGCGAUGGUGUAUCCAGGGAAGUUGCGGAUUAGUCUCUCCUUCCAACCAACUGGUUGCUAG